CCUCCCUCCUUCUUCUCUCUACCGCCGUGUGCCCGAACUCGCGCCGUCAUUGUUAUCUCUCCCCGCCGCUGUUCGCUCGCUUCCUUUGUUAUAGUUUUUCUGAACAAAUUGGACUGCAGCAGUAAUUUACCGCGGUGAACAAGAUGGUGGUGAAGGUGGCAAAAGUGCAGAAAACAAAGCCCUUACCUGCCGUGGAGCAGACUGAAGAAGAGAAGAUGUCAGUUAAGAAAUAUCUGCGAGGGGAAGCUGCUGAUUUGGGGGAACUACAAGAUAAGAAAUUGAAGGGUCAGCUAGCUGUGAGGGAAGAGUUGUAUGGGAAGUCUGCCCAAGCUGCUGCUCAGGCUGAGAAGUGGCUUAUGCCGAGUGAAGGAGGCUAUCUCGAAGUGGAGGGUAUAGAGAAAACAUGGAGGAUUAAGCAGGACGCAAUAGCUGCUGAAGUAGAUAUCUUGAGUUUGAGGAAACAAUUCGAUAUUGUCUUGCCAGAUCUUGGCCCCUACACUCUGGAUUUCUCCUUGAGUGGUCGAUAUAUGAUAGCGGCUGGGAAAAAGGGUCAUAUGGCCCUUCUGGACAUGAAAAAUAUGGACCUCAUUAAAGAAUUUCAGGUUAGGGAGACUGUUCGUGAUGUGGUAUUUUUGCAUAAUCAGAAGCUUUUCGCUGCUGCUCAGAAGAAGUAUGUAUACAUGUAUAGCGACAAUGGAACUGAAAUGCACUGCCUCAAGGAGCAUGGUGCUGUAACGAAAUUACAGUUUCUGAAUAAGCAUUUCCUGUUGACCUCCAUCAAUAAACUCGGCCAGCUUCAUUACCAAGAUAUCACAACAGGGGAGAUGAUUGGCAAUUACCGAACUGGUCUGGGUCGCACUGAUACAAUGGAGGUUAAUCCCUACAAUAAUGUUAUUGGCGUCGGUCAUUCUGGUGGCACAGUGAGCAUGUGGAAGCCUACCAGUGCUGCUCCACUCGUCAAGAUGCUGUGUCAUCAAGGUCCCGUCACAGCUAUGGCAUUCCACUCAAACGGACAUCUCAUGGCAACAGCCGGGAUGGAGAGGAAAAUAAAACUGUGGGAUUUGAGAAAGUUUGAGGUUCUCCAAACAUUACCAGGCACCACCAAGUCUAUGCAAUUCAGUCAGAAAGGUCUGCUCGCAGCUGCCACCGGCGGAUCCUUUGUGCAGGUAUUCGGAGAUUUAUCUGGGUCUCAAGAGUACAGCCGAUACAUGGGUCAUUCCAUAGCUAAAGGAUACCAAAUAAGGAAAGUACAGUUUAGACCUUACGAAGACGUUCUCGCCAUUGGGCAUUCACAGGGUUGGUCUUCCAUAUUGAUUCCUGGAUCUGGGGAACCCAACUUCGACACUUGGGUGGCGAACCCCUUUGAGACACGUAAGCAAAGAAACGAGAAGGAAGUGCGGUCCCUUCUCGACAAACUGCCCCCAGAGACCAUCAUGCUGGACCCAUCCAAAAUUGGUUCGGUGAAGCCUGCUACAAAGAAAGAAGGGCCCACUAAGCAGGAUAUAGAAGCACAGAAGGAAGCUGCUAUAGAAGAUGCGAAGAAGACUAAACUCAAGAAGAAAACGAAAGGUCGGAGCAAACCUAGUAAGGUGACUAAGAAGAAGCAAGAAGCCAUAAUGAGAGCCAAGAAACCUUUCUUGGAGAAACAAGAUGAGAAGGUGAAGAAGAAGAGAAAGAGAGUAGAAGAGGAGAAUCAAUUGCCCAAGUCUCUGCAACGAUUUGCGCGGAAGGUGCCGGCUUCUUGAAAGCUACAGCCACAUGGUGUUGUAUGCUCUUUCUUCAUGCUCAAUCCCUUUACUGUUGUAGAAAUUGAAAUUUUGGCAACUUAGAUAGAUAAUCCAGCUUAGUUUAAUUUAUGAGACAAAUGCAGCAGCUUACACACAGAAAUACUGAGUUAUGUUAGAUGAAUGAUAGCUGUGCUAUCUUUUUGCUAUGUGCAAAAGCUUGAUUUUUGCUCUA